UUGAACAAAUUGAACCACUAUAUGGACGAUGGUCGGCCAGUGGUGGCGUAUAUCGCCUCUCUGGAGUUAAUGAAGGUUUCUUCCCUUCUGCCCUCCAAUCCCCAAAGGUCUGCUGUUGUACACACGUUGGCGCGCUCUUUAGGACUCUACGCGCGUGAUUUCUCUUCGAAAAGAGCGCUAGUACUGGUUCCUCCUCAAAAAGCUGAACCAGCGGACUUGAUCAUAUACCACACGCGCGAAUAUCUCGACUUUGUUCUCGAUCCAGACAAUGCUGAACAAAACAGCCAUAAUGCUGCAGCGAAAACCGAAUACGGUCUCGAAGAGGACUGCCCUAUGUUUCCCAGAGUCAGUGACUAUGUGCGCCUCGUAGGUGGUGCAGCAAUCACGGCAGCCAAGAAACUCCAGCAUCCAAGAUGUGAACUUGCUAUCUGCUGGGACGGGGGGCGUCAUCACGCAAAGAAAGAAAGAGCGGAAGGCUUCUGCUAUGUUGCUGAUUGUGUUCUCGCUCUCAUGGCAAUGCGCCGAAUGGUCCAGCCUGGUCAAAGAAAACCGCGCAUCAUGUACCUGGACCUUGACCUCCACUUCUCCGACGGCGUAUCCCAAGCAUUUCAUCAGACAUCGUCAACCUCUCCGCAUAUAUUGACCUUCAGCAUCCAUCAUACCGCACCGGGUUUCUAUCCUACCUCUCCACUCGCUCACCUACCAACACCAAACAGCGAUCCUUUUACCCUUUCUCUACCCUUACAACAAGGCGCCUCCAACCGGACAUUCUUUCGUGCAUGGCGCUGUGUUGAACUUAUUCAUACAACCUUCGACCCAGACUUGAUUGUCCUCCAAUGCGGAGUUGACUCACUUGCUGGCGACCCUUGUGCAAUUUUCAACUGGUCCCUGGGACCUAUAUCUGAGGAGGGGUCUCUUGGCUGGUGCGUAUCGAGAGUCGUCAACCAUUGGCGUGGCAAGAAACUCCUGCUCGGCGGCGGUGGCUACGACUCCCCCAACGCUGCGAGGGCAUGGGCUUACCUAACGUCUAUUGCAUUAGGGAAUCCCCUUCCUCUCGAUACAGAAAUCCCGAGCGACGAUUCCCACGAGUACUUUCCUCAAUACGCGCCAUCGUUCGUCUUGGAUGUACCAGCAGGGACGAUGCAGGACCGCAACACUAAUGAGUAUCUCGAGUCAGUCGAAAGGGCUUUUGAGGCUGCCGCAAUCGCUGUUCAUACGCGCACGAAAUAG